GACUAUUCAGUAGCAGCGACACACAGACUCACCCGGUAGUCACUACCAUGAUCCACGAAACUCCUCCGCCACUCAAACACCGAAAUUGAAAUGGGAUCUCUGAAUCCUACGCUUCUCAGAGGCAUAUCUCUCCUCCGCCUCCGCCUCCACCACGAGCGACUCAGCUUCGGUUUCGCCGCGGCAGCGCCCAGUCGCAGGGCGUGCUGCACCGAGUCGAUUCGCGUCUCCGCCGCCGCGGAGGAGAGUGGCUCAUCCUCUGCGGAGAAUUCCACAGUGCUGAGGGUGAAGGAGGCUCCGAAGUAUCCGCGGUGGGAGGACCCAGACUACUGCAAGUGGAAAGAUAAGGAAGGCGAGAUUCUGAGGGACGUCGAGCCUAUUGUUAUGCUUGCCAAAGAGAUUCUCCAUUCCGAUAGGUAUAUGGAUGGUGAGCGGCUGUCAGCUGAAGAUGAAAAAAUUGUGGAGGAGAGGCUUUUGGCUUAUCAUCCACAUUCCGAGGAUAAAAUUGGCUGCGGAAUUGAUUCUAUAAUGGUUGAUCGGCAUCCCCAAUUUAAACAGUCAAGGUGCCUAUUUGUCAUUAGAACUAAUGGUGCGUGGAUAGACUUCUCCUACCAGAAGUGUCUUCGAGCAUAUAUCCGAGAUAAGUACCCAACCCAUGCAGAAAGGUUCAUUCGAGAACAUUUUAAACGUGGUAGUGGCUAAUGUGUACUGCUCCUAAUCACACUUAUUGGAGUGUAAUUUUGCUUUGGCAAUUAGAUUGAUAUGGUAUGACACUUGAAAUUUUACAUGUGGGAAGGGAAUGUCUCUUUUCUUUUUUUGGUGAGAAGGAAUGUCUCUAUUGUUAAGAAAUGUCAAUGUAGUAGAUAAUCUUUGACUGAACACAUGUUCUCUAGGAAUGAGGAUGAAAGAAAUGAUUGAAGUGAACUGCACUUUGUUGACUU